AUUUUUUAAGAGUUAUGUUUAAAUUAGUUUUGAAACAAAUGCAUCACUUAAAGUUUUGAGUUACAAAGGAAAUGAAUUUGAUAAAUUCAUUAUUCAUAAGUUUUGAGUUACAAAGAAAAUGUAUUUGACAAAUUCAUUAUUCAUUAAGUUUUACGUUAUAGGUUCUUGAAAGAAUGACAUUUUUUUGUUUUAAAACAUAUAUGAACCUAUUAACUAUUACUUAAUUAAUAUGUUUCUCAUGCAUGAAACUUUCAUCCUAUAAAUAGUGUUUUCUUUGGUUUGGAAAAGACAAGCACUCAAAACUACUUUCCCCUUGAAAACACUAGAGAGACAUUGAUCAAAUGGUGAAAUCACCAAUUCAAGAAUAGAAGAGCAGCAUUCUAGAAUACUACUUGUUUUGUGGCUUAGUUGAAUCCCGAAGAUAGAGUUGUCACUUGUUCUUCCGUUUUCUCGUGGGAGAGACUCCAACUAUCUUCAAGAAGCGUAUUAUCCUCUAAGCCAAGCAAGUUUUAUUUUGAAUUUCUUGUAUAAUUAUCAUUAUUGUUCUAACAAUUUGAAGAUAGUUGUCUCUAUGGCUUCUACAUCAAUAUCAAAUAGUACUCCAUCUUUGCCUAAUCCUAAUUUUGAAAUAUUUGAUGGCAAAGACUUUCCUAGAUGGCAUGGAAAGAUGGAAUUCUUUUUAAAACGAUUAAAGUUGGCAUAUGUUCUUGAAGAACCUUGCCCUAAUGCUCCUGGUUCUGAGGUAGCAUCUGACGAGGCUACUUUGAUUAAAGAACAAAUUGCCAAAUGGCAAUAUGAUGAUUAUUUGUGCAAGAAUUAUAUUCUUGGAGGAAUGUCUAACAAAUAUUAUGAUCAAUAUUAUGUUAAAUGCAAAUAUGCUAAAGAGAUAUGGGACACUCUUCAAGCUAUUUAUUUAGCCGAAGAGGCGAGUUUUAAGAAAUUUCUCGUUUCAAAUUAUAUGGAGUUCAAAAUGGUUGAUGACAGGUCAAUCACUGAACAAGUACAAGAAUUCCAACUUAUAGCUAAUAAAAUUGCUAUAUCUGGAAUUGCUCUUGAUGAAAACUUUCAUGUUGGUGCUAUUGUAUCAAAACUUCCUCCAUCUUGGAAAGAGUACCGAAGCAAACUCUUACACAAAAAGGAAGAUUUAACUCUUGAACAAUUGUUGCAACACUUGCAAAUUGAACAAAAGACACGAUGA